UUCCAUUCGUGUUUCGUUUUCACUGAUUCCGCUACUAGUUCUUGUUUGACGGCAUAUGAAGUGAGACAUUUUGUGUGAAAAAUUAAAAUUAUGUGAAAAUGUUAUAAAUUUCUUAAGAAUUAAUAAAACAAACAAUAAUAAAUUAUAAAAUAUUGAACUGUGCUAUAAAAAUAAAGUGUUUAAUAGCAUAUUUGUACUCGGUUGUUUUUUGUUGUAAAACACGCUAUCGUUUGACUUGUUCUCGAUAAGAGAAAGCAAUGGAGGAAGACUUAAUAUUACAACAACCAACGGAUAGGCGUUUGGGCAAUACUAAUGCAUUACCCCCCGGGCCGCCUGGCGUAGAAAUAGAACCAAAUGAAUUUAGUUCUAAACAGCUAGAAUCUGAACCUUUAAUAAAAAAAAGUCGAAGACGUUCACCUUCAGGGAGUCCGCCGAAAAGAAAAUCAGUAUCUCGGAGUCGUCGUUCGCCUUCUCCACUAAGGAGACGUCGUUCACCCUCACCAAGACGUAACCGAUUUCGUGAUUAUUCACCAGAUCGUAGACGUAUCAGACGUUCGCCGGAUCGUAGACGUUCUCCAGAUCGACGACGAUCUCCUCCGCCACGUGAUCGGCGAGAUCGACGCGAUCGUUUUCGUGGUCGAGGACGUAGUAAUAGUCGUUCUAUAAGUCCAAUUAGAAGGGGUGGUAAUAGAUGGUCGCCAAUGAAACAAAAUUCUCCGAUGUUGGUACAACAACCACCUCCACCAAUUAUAGCUCAGCCACCACCAAGUGCACAGCAGCCAUAUGGUGUUAUGCCGCCACAAAUGUAUAUGGGUAAUCCACCCCAAUACAAUCAAUAUCAAACCGGCUUUCCUACAAGACCAGAUCCCUAUGGUAUGCCGCCACCAACAGCACCUAAUUUUAAUGCUGCUUAUCCACCACCAAAUACUUGGGGUAAUGAUGCAUAUGCUCCUCAGCAAUGGAUGCAACAAACUGUGCCUGUGCCAGAGCAACUUCAACAAAUGCAACAGGCACCAGUUACUACUGCAGCACCACCAGAACCGAUUAUGCUAGCAGCAAAUGCAACUGCUCAAGCUGUUAGCAUGAUACCUGAGGCGCCACCGGGCACUUUAGAGAACAAUACGGUUAAUCAUAAUGCGGCCGUUGUUAAAGAAGCUGAAAAUCAACGGGAUGAAUUGAAAUGGCAACGACUAAAUUAUUUGAAGAAAACCGCAGGCCUUAAGAAUGAAUUGAAAAAGUUGAAGGAACAACGCAAAGAAUUAGUAAUAGGUGGAGCUCCACCAUCUCCGACAACAAAGGGUUUUAUUGACGAGAAUGAAAACCUUCAGAAUCAAAUUGGGAAAAAGUUAAGUACUAUUGAAAAUGUAAUUGAUAUGCUUAAUGGUUUGAUUGGUGAGGAAAACAUUGAAAAGGAUCAGGAGUUGGUGGAAGCCGACAUCGUAGAUGAAACAAAACAACAGUUGAACACAAAUUCAGAACAAGUCAAGAAAACAUCAAAUAAAUCGACAAGUUCCGAAAGCUCUUCAGGCUCGUCUAGUUCUAAUGAUUCUUCAUCAUCGUCGUCAUCAUCUGAAAAUGAGGAGGAUGAAAGUUCACCAGAACGUUUAAAAAAUAAAGCAAUGGAAUCAAUGAAAUCAAAAAUAAAAGAAACUAAAAAGGAUACUGACAACAAUAGAGAUAUUAGUACAAUCGAUGAAAAUCGUGUAAAUUACGUAUUUUACGAUCCUGAAAUGCAUUGGUGUCAAACAUGUGACGUGUUUCCAAAAACAGCUAAGGACUAUUUAAAUCAUUUACAUUCUCGAGAUCACAUGGAUCGUGAAAGCAUUGAAACUCCAUGGCACAGCAAUAUGCCUUAUGAUCAAUAUCCAACAUAUUCAAAUGUACCCAACAAACGUACUCCAAUACGAGGUUUAUCAUUUUUUGUUCCAGCCACCGCUUGGUACUGUAAAUUAUGUCAAGUUUGGAUGGGCGACUUACAUUGCGCCUCUACACAUCUUAAGUCUCCUUUGCAUUCAAAUAAGUAUACCCAAUAUUUAGAAAAGAAUCCAGACUAUGAAGCUAAUUGGCUAGCAGAUCGUCAACGUAUUUUGAAUGAAAAAAAAUCUGUAUCGGCAAAUGCAGUAACUACUAUUGGCCAAUCCAAUAAAAAAGCAAAGAAAGAAGAGAGCAAAAAACGAAAGAAAAAGAGCAGUGACAAAAAGGAGAAAAAGAAGGACAAGAAGAAACGUUCGAAAAAACGUAAGAAGGCAGCAUCAUCAAGUUCAUCAUCGUCAAGUUCAUCUACGGAUAAUGAGGAACAGAGAAAAAAGAAACCAGUCAUUGUUAUAAAGGAAUUAGAUAAUCCCAAUCCAGCAGCUUCUAUACGAGUAACAAUGCGUAAAGAAGAUAAUAGAAAAAUUGAGGAAGAGGGUCCACCGCCUCCACCAAUAAUUUCAGUAGCAGCAUAUUCAGCUGAAAUUGAUAAUUCUAACAUUAAUGAAAUACAUGCUCAACAGUCAAAACUAUUAAAAAAUAAUAAUGUAGAAGACAAAAACGAGGAUAAUAUUAUACAACAAUGGAAUACUUUGCAGCCGGUUAUAAGUGAAAAAGAGAAAAAGUUAUUAGAAGAAUUAAAGGGUAAAUUAAAAAAUAAACCACGUGAGGAUAUAUUACAAAUUUCUAACUUACCGCGAACUGCUAUAGAACCCAUAGAAAGGGAAAAAGUUAAAAAUGUAACAGAUCUGUCUCGAACUAGCAACAGACGGGAAACGGAUUCCAUUCGCCGCAAAUCACGUAGCAGGAGCCGUCGUCGUUCUCCAUAUGAUGCUACGAGAAAAAGGAGGUCACGAUCACGAAGAAGGACUCGUUCACGUGAUCGACGACGACGGUCUGUAUCACGUUCUCGUACACGUUCAAUAAGUCGAAAUAGAGCAGGAGAUUUUAGACGAGGGCGUCGUUCCAAUAGUCGCAAUCGGCGUUAUUCUCCUUAUGGCGGUGGUCGCAGACAAAGAUCCCGGUCUCUUAGAAGAAGAAGUCGCUCUCGUGACCGAAGACGUCGUUCAGGUUCUCGUUCUCGCUCUAGCUCUAGAAAUCGCGUUGAAAAACCAAUUGUGAAACAUCCCGAAUUUAGACCUCGAGUGCCCGAAAAAGAGAAAGAAAAGAAAGCAGCAGACUCUAAAGAAAAGAGAGAUAUUUCUAAGAAACAAAAAAUAGCACCAUCCAUUCCAUCAGGUAAAAAGUUACCUUUUAUAGGUAAAAUGCCUGUGUUUAAGAAACAAACUCCUGGACAAAAUGAAAAUGGCUCAGAUAGACGUAGCGAUGAAAAUGGUAUGAUUUACAUGAACGAAAAUAGUACUGGUGCAACCAUGUAUAAUCUUCAAACACCAAGACCAAUAGCGCCGACAGCAGCACAAAUACAAAUGGCAAUGAUGGAGGAUGCAUUUGGCAAUGCACCACCUUUCCAUCCUGAUGUUGGUAUGAGGGUUGAUUAUGAUGAUUUAAUGCCAGAUCCUGUGCAAUUUGUAAGCAUUAUGUCACAAGCACCACCACCGCCCCCACCUGAUAGCGGACCUUUAGAUAAAUCGGAUGCUUCCGAUAAAGAAGAUAUGCUACCGCCGGGAAUCGAUGAAAUAGAAACGGAAGAAUUUUCAGACAAGGCAGCACCUGCAGAUGAUGAAUGCGCCUUACCAAAGGAAUUUCAAGCUGCGCUCCAGAUUAUAUAUCCUGGCGAUAAGAAGCCAGGUGAUGAUGAAAAAGAUGGCCUACAAAAAAGUUCUGGUGAAACAAAAAUAAUUGUUGAUGAACCUGUUAUGCAUCCUGAGGAUUUAGUUAGGGAAGGUAUACAUCUGGUAACAUUAGAGGAAUCUUCAAUUAUGGGCAUGGACGAAGUAUCACAAUUAAGCAUGAAUGAACCAUUAGUUUUUAAUAAACGGAACACAGUAACUUCUGUACCACUACCUGUUGCACUACCACAACUUGAGGAUUCUUCUUCGCAAAAUGCAGCUGAUAUAGAUUUGAGUGCAAAGAAUGUGCAACAAGUACCAAAGCCAACACCUAUUGAAGAUUUAUAUAACAUUGAAAAUGGAUUUAAUCACGAUAUUAUAAAACUACCAUUGGAACCUACUAUGGUGCCACCUCCUGAACCGGCUGAUAUACCAAUGCCUUCACCAGAUAAGGAUGAAGUCACAUCAGAUGUUGUCUAUGAUUUGGACGACAUACCAAAACCACCACCAUCGCCAACAGAAAGUGAGAAGAAUCGUCGUCAAGAAGAAUUAGACGAUUUAGCUAUGCUUGGUAUUGAUGCUGACGAUAUGGCUGCACAAUGUAUGUAGUAAAGAAGAAGACAAGACGAUAAGGCAAUACAUAUACAAAGUUAAGUCCUCUCUUAUAUAUCAAUGCUUGAUUUUCUUAAUUUUAUUUAAUUACUUUAAAUUAAGUAAGUGACAACAAUGUAUAUCUAUAACCAUACAAAAAAAAUGGAAUUAUUGAAUUAUCAUAUUAAAAGUAUAAUAAAGGAUAAUAUUAUUUUAGU